AUUAUGAACCAGGGUUACAGGAUAUCGUCAGGGUCAGCAAUGCUGGGUGCUGGAUCGCACAAAAAGUGAAGGCCCCCCAGCCGGUGUGCCAAGAAGACAUCAGUCCCUGUACUGAUCCACACAAGCAGAGACAGUGGGCAUAACUUUUCUCAUGGCAGUGCUAUCUUUCUGUGAGCAGGAAGAAGCCUAUCUUCAUUCCCAACUGAGUAAAGGAAUCUUUUCACAGUCAGAGAUGACCCAAUAGAAGAAGAAGAUGGAAGAGCAGGACCUAGGAGAACCUGGACUUAGAAAGAGAGCAAGGAAAGAUGCCAAUCCCAUCCAAGCUAGGAAUGUUGUUGCAUUCUGGGAAAGAGCUGUGCCAGAGGUCGGGGAUCAGGAGCCCCUGAACUCAGAAGUACUUUGCCGACACUUCCGGCAGUUCUGCUACCAUGAUGCCGAUAGGCCCCGAGAGGUUUGCAGCCAGCUCCAUGUACUUUGCAACCGCUGGCUGAAGCCAGAGAGGCGUUCCAAGAAGCAGAUCCUGGACCUGGUGAUCCUGGAGCAGUUCCUGACUGUCCUGCCCAACGAAAUGCAGCGCUGGAUCAGAGGAUGUGGGCCGGAGACCAGUUCCCAAGCGGUGGCCCUGGCCGAGGGUUUCCUCCUGAGUCAGGCAGAGGAGAAGAGGCAGGCAGAACAGAGGUUGGGUCUAUGUGUGAAGAUGGAAGCUAAGUUGGAAAGAGCUUUGUUGGAGGAAGGGCAGCUGGGGCAAGCCCAGGAAUGUGCCCAAGAUACCCUCUCACAUGGCAGCGAAGAAGCAGUGUUGAUCUGUUCUGUUUGUAGAGGUGUGAAAACAACUGCUGCACCUCCAGUCCAGUCUCUGGUUUCUUUUGAGGAGGUGGCCAUGUAUUUCACGGAGGCAGAGUGGGCACUGCUAGAUCCAGACCAAAGAGCUGUUUAUGAAGACGUCAUGGUGGAGAACUAUAGGAGCGUGGCUUCUCUGGCAGCACAGGUACAGGAGAUGGUUGGGGGAAAACAGGGGUUCUCUGUGGAAAAAGACAAGGAUGAUGUUUCUGAUGCUGAGGACAGAAACCGACCACUGAGGCAAGAGGGAAGCCAUGUAGUCAAGACAGCAGAUACGCCCAUUCCGUCCCAAGGAGGAUGCUUCUGUGAAAGCUCAGUCAAAGAAGUAAGAUCAAUCAAAACAAGAACAAACGAAUGUCUUUGUGCUAACCAGAGAAUCUGCUCCAGGGAUAACAAAAAUGAAAAUCUGGCCUUUGGAAAGACCUUCAGUCAGAACAUCACUCUUAUUUCUGAGAGGCAAAUUCCCUUAGGAGAGAAAUUGUAUGACUGCCUGAAGUGCGGAAAGACCUUCUGUCAGAAUUCAGCCGUUUCAUCCCAUCAAACUCAGUCAGCAGGGAAUAAGCAGUGGGAUGAGGAUGAUGAGACAGUGCUAAAUAAAGUCCAGAACAAAGACUUGGAAGGAAUCUUCAGGAAUCGAGGUGGACCUAAUAAGCAGAAAGGAAAUCACAGGGCUGAAAAUAGAGAUAAACCUAUUUCAUGCCAAGGACAAGAUUUCAGUGAACUAAUCCAAACAGCAGAGGAAGCAUAUAAGUGCUUGGAAUGUGGGAUGACCUUCUCAAAUCAAAGCCAAUAUGAGAUCCAUCGGCAAAUGCACAGUGGAAAGAAGACCCAUCAAUGCUUGGAAUUUGGAAAGAAUUAUGUUCGUAGAACAGAGCUACCUAGCCAUCAAAGAACAUAUAGAGAGGAACUUUAUAGCUGCACAGACUGGAGCAAGAGCGUCUCACAAAAAUUAAAUCUUUCUCAAAACCAUUGUUGGACUCAUUCAGAAGAGAAUCCACUAAUUUGCAAAGGGAGUGGGAAGACCUUCUCUGGUAUAAGAAAGGGUAAUGUACAUCAUCCAAAGCACAGAAUAAAAAGGGCACAUAAAUGUUUUUGGUGUGGAAAGUUCUUCAGCUUCAGAUCAAAGCUCCUGGUGCACCAAAGAAGUCACACAAAGGACAGACCUUUUGAUUGCUCACUGUGUGGAAAGAGAUUCAGUCAAAGUAGUGGAAGUCUUCAACGGCAUCAAAGAACUCACACAAAGGAGAGACCUUUUGAAUGCUCAGAGUGUGGAAAGAGAUUCAGUCAGAGCAGCAAUCUUCUACAGCAUCAAAGAACCCACACAAAGGAAAAACCUUUUGAAUGCUCAGAGUGUGGAAAGAGAUUCAGUCAAAGUAGCAAUCUUCAACAGCAUCAAAGAACUCACAAAAAGGAGAGAUCUUUUGAAUGCUCUGAGUGUGGAAACAGAUUCAGUCGGAGUGGAAGUCUUCAACGGCAUCAAAGAACUCACACAAAGGAGAAACCUUUUGAAUGCUCAGAGUGUGGAAAGAGAUUCAAUCACAAUAGCACUCUUAAACGUCAUCAAAGAACUCACACAAAGGAGAAACCUUUUGAAUGCUCAGAGUGCAGAAAGAGAUUCAGUCAAAGUAGCCAUCUUCAACGGCAUCAAAGAACUCACACAAAGGAGAGACCCUUUGAAUGCUUGGAGUGUGGAAAGAGAUUCAGUUACAGUAGCACUGUUCAACGGCAUCAAAGAACUCACACAAAGGAGAAACCUUUUGAAUGCUCAGAGUGUGGAAAGAGAUACAGUCAGAGUAGCAGCCUUCAACGGCAUCAAAGAACUCACAGAGGGGAGAUACCUUUGUAGUGCUCACUGGAAGGUCCCUGUCCUCUCUCAGAUGAGGUGCCCUAAUUUGAUCCCCUUCUUCUCAAUAGUUUGGAGGGCUCCCACUGGAUAGCAGAAAGUGCUUUUGUAUGGUCAGUGUGUGGAAAGAGAUUCACUCUGCAUGGCUAGUUCUCUUGUUCUUUUUAUGUUCUUUUUUGCUUCCGCACUUUGAUUAUUCUAAGAGAGUUCUCUUUAUUCCUGUAUGCACAUUGCUGGAAUGCUGCAUUGAUGCUGUUGAUUCUUUUUCAGUAAUCUUUUGAUUAGUUUUUAUCUUCAGCAAUUAGUUUUCUUACUCAUCCAUCAAUGCUUUUAAUUUCAUUUGGCUACAUAAAUAGCCUUUCCACAGUUCAGUAAGGAUCAGAUCUCACUUGUGUCCAGGAACAAAUGAUCUGGUGAUCUCCUAGGCGGGUGUUGACUCCAGCUGAAAGGCACAGGGACAUCAGGACCAAGGUCUGACUGUAUUGUUACCAGAGUGACCUAGGGUGGGUGGGUAGGACUCUUUUUCAGGAAAAACCCUAUGGGUACCUAGCAGUACUGUGACAAAAUGGGUAGUCCAUUCUCUGCACUGGCUAAUGUACCCACAAGGACAUAGUAAAAACUUGUCUGGAUUUAUCCCUGCCCAUAUCUACCUUGCAAAAUACCUGUCACACACCUUUCCUGGAGGAAUUGAGAGAACACAAUAACCCUGCCCUGGAGAGCGUUCCCAUCUCCUGCCCUGGACUAUCCAUACUGUGAAGACAAAGGAUUAGUUAAUGUAUUUACCUCAAGUAUUCCUGCUAGUAUUGUUUUAACCCCAAAACUUCUUCCUCUGACUAAUCUCUCUCUAAUAACCAUCUUAUUUACAUUGCCAUUGUUUUAUAGUUGUGAUUGAUUGUCAAGGAUGGCGCCUGCAGAUUAAGGAUCAUUCCAGUGUUAAGAAUGACACCUGGGUGAGGGGAUUGUACUUUUGCUUUGCUAGUGCUGCCUACUGUAACUGUACCUGUGAUAUGUUGGUGGACCCUCUUUCUACUAAUCUAUCUCUUUCCACUUACACAUGUAGAUAUCUAGGCUGACCGUGGCUAUUGGCCCCAGGGGGGAGAAGGGAAGAGCUGUAACUCCAUGGGGGCUGACUGCCAGGUGGCUAUAUCUGUCUGCGCUGGCCUUGGGAUGCCUAGCUUCAAAACAUCUUUCACACAUUCUCUGUGGGAAAGCCAGAUCCCGCAGAACUGGCUUUCUAAAGCUGGGUGCUAGCUGCCUUUCAAUAAACCCUUCUGAUCAAGAAUCCAGAGUCUGUUAAUUGACUACACAUCCAAGACCUAACAUUGACUCAGGACACGGCCCACUUCUGGACCAUCCCAGCUUAGCCCAUGAGCCUAAGCACUCAAAUCAUUAGCUUAAUGACUCAAACAAUUAAGGUUGAUGUCUGGUUCUUGUUUAUCCUCGGAAAAGAAGGAUUCUCCUUUGUCCUGAGAGAUUAAGGGCUACUCUGCAUAACCCUGAGGGUCCCUUUUUCUCUAUGCCAGGGGUAGGGAACCUUUAACACCCAAAGAGCCAUUUGGACCCGUUUUCCACGGGAAAAGAAAACACUUGGAGCCGCAAAUAACUUUUGACAUUUAAAAUAAAGAUAACACUAUAUAUAUAGGGGUUUUUUACCUUUUACUCCACAAAUUCUGAGAAGCGCAUGAAUGCGCAGGGCGGGCAAGUAUUAAGCCGGCGGCUCAGCCUCGCUGGCCGCCGGGAAAGCGCCCGCCCCGCUCCAACUGGGCAGGCAAGAGGGGAAGCCCGUGGCGUGGCCCAGCCGACCGUGGCAGUUGGUGCG